AACAACUGAGCGCCAAAGACCCCCAGACCUCCCGCUCUCUCCUCCCUCAAAACCUCUCUUACCUCUCCGUCCCCUCCUUAAAUAAAAUUGAACUGCCUAUCCACACCAGAAAAUGCCCAUCCUCUGAUCCAUUAAACCCAUGGUCAUCAAGAACUUGGUGUCCUUCAUCUUCAACCUCAUCGGUUUAAGAGGGCGGCGGAGAAUCAAGGCGAGGGCAUGUUGUGUGGCGGUGACCGAAGCGGGCAGCCCGGGGAAUGUGUCGGGGUUGCCUGUGCGAUCGAGGUCGGAUGGGGAAGAGGGUGGUGCGGAGGAGGGGGAUGAUGACUUGUGCUGCGUGUGUUUGUGCAGGUUAAUGGAAGGAGGAGAUGAGAAGGUGCGGGUUCUUCCCUGCUUGCAUCGGUUUCAUGGGGUGUGCGUCGACAAGUGGUUUAGUGUUUGCCGGAGAACAUGUCCGGUUUGUCGGUUUUCAAUGGAAGGAGAUAGGAAGAGGUUUGAGAAAAUGGAGCAGCUGACAGAGGAGAUGGUCACCUGGUUUUCUUCUUUCCAUGUGGCUGGCUUUUGAUGAAUCAAUACGCUGUCAAUACAUAGUACUGUUCUUGGUUUCAAUGGAACCAAUGAACCAUCUCUGUUUUCUCUUCCAACCUCGUUUGGAAAACAAAGACGAUUAUGAUGGACGCUAAUGGUAUGCAUAGCAGCAGCGGAUUCAGAAAUUUUCUUCAGCAAAAUAUACAAUAAAAUGUUCAGGGUCGUUAGAUUCUCUGCCGACGGGUGUGGAUGUAUAUAUAUUAUUUUUACACGUUAAUGCAAAGGGAAUGAAGAGUUGCGCAUGGAAUAAAUUUUUGACAGGUCCUUGAGAAUAUAUUUUUGUACAACUGGGAGGAAGCUUUGUUGCGCUGCGUUUGGUGUGUUAUGAAAUUCAACUGUGGGAACUGAAUUUUAUAUGAAAUUCGAUAAAAUUUCAUAUAA